GUUAGAUAUUUUAUUUAUAUUUUUGGUUUGAAAAUGGAAUAAAAUAACUUAAAAGAAAGUAACAACUAAACGGACUAGAUUAUUAAUAAAUAUAAAUUAAAAAUAAUGGAACAAGCGUCAAGCAAAUGAUACAACAAGAAAUCUAAAAGGGAGGAAGAAGAAGAUGACUUAUCGCGAGGAAGACGAUGCAGUUCCUGAACUGUGUAUGAGAGUUGAAGAAGAUGGAAUUGAGAAAGUAGGUCACUACGUUAAACUUAGUGAAUCAUCGGAGAGAGAAGCAGAGCAGGGAGAGCAACAAGAUUCAUCACCUUCUUCUUCUUCUUGUGGAGGGAAAAGAUCUAUUUGGUUCUGGAUCAAGCUUGCUCUUCUCCUCGCCUUUCUAUCUGCUUUGGCUCUCGCUGUUUACAAAUGGCUCGUUCCUUUAAUCAUGGAUAAGGAGCUUAUCCCUAUCAUAAAAUGGGAGUUGAAGACAUUCACACACCCUGUGUUAGGUCUUCUUGUAUUCACAACCGUGGCACUACUCCCUGUAAUACUUUUUCCGUCACUACCGUCAAUGUGGGUGGCUGGGAUUACAUUUGGUUUUGGAUAUGGCCUUCUCCUCACUUACCCAGCUAUAGCUAUUGGUGUAUCUCUUCCUUACUUCAUCAGCUAUCUCUUCUGUGACAAAAUCCAAGGUUGGUUAGAAAGAUAUCCGGACCAAGCUGCAAUGUUGAGAGCUGCUGGUGGAGGCACUUGGUUUCACCAGUUUCGAGCAGUAACGUUAAUCCGGAUUUCACCAUUUCCUUACGUUGUUUAUAACUACUGCGCUGUUGCGACUGGUGUGAAGUACGGUCCUUACAUGGCUGGUUCUCUCUUGGGAAUGGUGCCAGAGAAUGUUGUAGCUAUUUAUACAGGGACUCUUAUAAGGAAAUUGGUAGAUGCAUCCACUGAGGAACAAAAGGGGAUGUCGGUUCUUCAGAUUGUUCUCAACAUUUUUGGGUUUGUAGCUACUGUGUUGACAACGGUUCUGAUCAUGAAGUAUGCGAAAAGACAGCUUGAAGUUAUGAAGAAGGAAGAGGAAGCUUUGUUGUUGCAGUAAUGAUGGCAACAACCUUGGAAGCUUUUGUGUCUGCUUCUUCUUCCCAACAUACAUCCAAGUUGUGAAAGAACUUUGGUUGUUUGGUCUUUGGUUCUUUCACUUCUUUUUGUUUAAUAGAUAAAUAUAUAUAUCUAAUUAACACAGAAUAUUUAAAGUUCUAACACGAUCUAAUGUUGUAUAUGUUUUGUGUUAUUUUUUCUUCUCUUUUUCGAUGUUUGAAAAAGUAUAAAUUGGAGAAAAUUGCUUAUUUGAACCAUUGAUUAUUUGUUUAU